ACUUAAGACGGUCGGUGUCGGACCCCCAUGUUGCUCCAGCUUUCCACUCACCUGCCUCUCUCUCUCUCACACGACGCUGCUCUUCUUCUUCUUCUUCUUCUUCUUCUCCUCUCGUUGAUCUACAUGAGCUCCACUACUCCUUCCUACAUCUAGGGUUUAUACACCCACCUUCGCUUCCCUUCCUAAUCAUCCACCUCGAGCAAAGCAGAUAGAGAUCUUCCCGGAGAGAAUUUCUCUAUCUUCGCAAGAAAAAGAAGACAGAUUCCAAAUGCGCGGCUUACGAACACUUCCAUGACCUUCCCCCGCCCAAUUCUGUGAAUUCUCCGAGAUCAAGAAGCGGGGCGCAAUCAUGGGUCAAGACAGCUUCACGCCCCAGAAGCGGACUUCCUCUUCGCUGCCGACGACGGCCACAAACGGCAGGCACCCGUCUCGCGUAAUCCCUCGGGGCCGGCAGAUCCAGAAGACGUUCAACAACAUCAAGAUCACGCUCCUGUGCGGGUUCGUCACGAUCCUCGUCCUCCGCGGCACGAUCGGCGUGGGCAACCUCGGGAGCUCCGAUGCCGACGCCGUCAACCAGAACCUGAUCGAGGAGACGAACCGGAUCCUCGCCGAGAUCCGAUCCGAUUCCGACCCCAUCGACCCGUACGACCCGCCCGAGGCCGAUGCCAACCCCAAUGUCACCUACACUCUGGGGCCCAAGAUCUCGAAUUGGGACACUGACCGCAAGAAUUGGCUUGAGAGCAAUCCUGAGUUCCCCAAUUAUGUCAACGGUAAGCCUAGGAUUUUGCUCCUAACUGGGUCCCCGCCGAACCCUUGCGAUAACCCGAUUGGGGAUCAUUAUUUGUUGAAGGCUGUCAAGAACAAGAUUGACUAUUGUAGGAUUCACGGGAUUGAGAUUGUGUAUAAUAUGGCUCAUUUGGAUAAAGAGCUUGCUGGGUAUUGGGCGAAAUUGCCCAUGAUUAGGAGAUUGAUGUUGUCACACCCUGAGGUGGAGUGGAUUUGGUGGAUGGACAGUGAUGCUUUGUUCACUGAUAUGGUGUUUGAGAUCCCGCUUUCUAAGUAUGCUAACUACAAUUUGGUUAUUCACGGGUACCCUGAUUUGUUGUUCGAUCAGAAGUCGUGGAUUGCUUUGAAUACUGGAAGCUUUCUCUUUAGGAAUUGUCAAUGGUCAUUGGAUUUGCUUGAUGCUUGGGCACCGAUGGGCCCAAAGGGGCCAAUCCGUGACGAGGCUGGGAAGAUUUUGACUGCUAAUCUAAAAGGAAGGCCGGCUUUCGAGGCGGAUGAUCAGUCUGCUUUGAUAUACUUGCUGAUUUCUCAGAAGGAUCAGUGGAUGGAUAGGGUGUUUGUUGAAAAUUCGUACUAUUUGCACGGUUAUUGGGCAGGGUUGGUGGAUCGGUAUGAAGAGAUGAUUGAAAAGUAUCAUCCUGGUUUGGGAGACGAGAGGUGGCCAUUUGUGACUCAUUUCGUGGGUUGCAAGCCUUGUGGGAGUUAUGGGGAUUACCCAGUUGAGAGGUGCCUAAGUAGCAUGGAGAGGGCAUUCAAUUUUGCAGACAAUCAAGUGCUCAAGCUCUAUGGGUUCAGUCAUCGGGGCUUGUUGAGUCCCAAGAUCAGAAGGAUACGAAACGAAACUGUCACUCCCUUGGAGUUUGUAGACAAGUUUGAUAUUCGCCGACCAGUACAUGGAAAUAGCAGAUCAUAGAAGCCAGUGAGAAAAGGUUUGAAUGUCUUUAGUUAUGCAGCAGUGUUCUUCAUAUUGAGAAUGGUAGAAACCUCACUCUGGCGGGGGAUAUAUCCAUAGUGAAAGACAUGUACGU